AUGACGCUAGCUAUCGCAAUCGCGGGGGCCGACCUGGUCGGUGAAGCCAGCAACCAUCUUUUAUCUUUGGUCAUCCUCGACUCUCACACGAAGAAACACGCUCCCAUUAUUAUGGCCAACCUGCAAGCAUCCAACCUCUUUUCUGUCGAAGGUCGCAUCGCGGUCAUUACCGGCGGAGGCAGCGGCCUCGGUCGUAUCAUGGCUCGCGCCUUAGCCACCAACGGCGCUGUGAAGAUCUUCGUCCUCGGUCGACGAGAAAACGCCUUGCAAGAGACCGCUGCCUUGGCUCCCGCGGGCGUGGUCAUUCCUGUUCAAUGUGAUGUGACCUCGAAGGACUCGCUGGAAGCUGCAUACCAGGCCAUAGCUGCUCAAACGACCCAUGUCGAUAUCUUAUUUGCGAAUGGAGGAAUUAUGGGGCCGAUGAUGCGCCCGCCUCAGAAGGCAGAUGGAUCUCUGCCCUCGCUGAGUGAGCUCCGCGAGGAGCUCUUCAAUAUCCCCAUGGAGGUAUUCACCGAUGUACUCAAUGUCAACGUCACUGGGUCAUACUAUACUGUCCUGGCAUUUCUGCCUCUCCUCGAAGCGGCGAACAAGCGCAGGGCAGCACCGCAGCCGGGUGUCCUGACUGCCCCGACGGCACAGGUCAUUAUCACCAGCUCGAUUGCGGGGUUCAUCCGCAAGGUGCCUUUCAGCUAUGCAUACAACGCAUCCAAAUCUGCUACAACUCAUCUAGUCAAGAUGCUCUCGACGGGUCUUGCGGACUACGAUAUCCGCGUGAAUGGAAUCGCGCCUGGUCUGUAUCAGUCAGACAUGGCGAACCAUAUCUUUGAGGACAGGAACAUUGAAGGCAGUGGAAUCUCUGAGGGAUCUUUCCCCCGAGAUAUGAUUCCCAUUCGACGUAGUGGCAGCGAGGAGGACUUUGCUGGCCUGAUUAUUUGGAUGGCGAGUACCUCGGGUGGUUAUUUGAACGGAUCCGUGAUGCUUACAGACGGAGGCCGUGUCAGUAUCGUCCCCAACACUUAUUAA